CCGCAGGGACUACAUUUCCCAGCAAGCGCCGCGGCGCGGCCGAGGCUAGAGCCGGUGACUGAGGCAGGCCCCGAGGAGGCCGGGCGGCGAUGGCGGCGUCCUGCGGCGAGAUCCUGCGGAGGGAGUUCCCGGAACUCGACGGGGAGAUGUUCGACUACGUGACCGGAGUCCUCCAUAGCGGCAGCUCGGACUUCGAAUCAGUGGAUGAUCUGUUUGAAGCGGUUGGGGAGCUCUUGCAGGAUGUGUCUAGAGACUCCAAAGACGACGAAGACAUCCGCGCUAUCUGUCAGCAGAUGUACAACACCCUUCACCUGGACGAGAACUCACAAGGGGACCGACAGGUACUCCUGGAUACUCCAAUCCAGCUUUCUAAGAUCACAGAUAAUUAUGAUUCCGGUUUGGACCUGCUUCCGGGGCUGUGGCUGAAGAGAGAUCAGGCCUCAAAUGUGAAUACCAAAAAACUGGAGAAGGCGGAGGCUCGCCUGAAGGCCAAGCAGAGCAAGAAGCAGGAGCGAGAUUCUGUGAAGUCCUGCAACCCAUUAGUGCUUGAGGAGGCAUCCGCCAGCCAAGCCGCCAGCAAGAAGGAGAGCCGCCUGGAAACCUCGGGCAAGAACAAGUCCUACGAUGUCCGCAUCGAGAACUUUGACGUGUCCUUCGGUGAGCGUGUCCUCCUCACAGGCGCAGAGCUGAACCUGGCCUACGGGCGGCGAUACGGGCUAGUGGGCCGGAACGGGCUGGGCAAGACCACCUUGCUGAAGAUGAUCGCCAGCCGCAACCUGCGGAUCCCUUCGCACAUCAGCAUCCUCCACGUGGAGCAGGAGGUGGCGGGCGAUGACACGCCAGCCCUGCAGAGCGUGCUGGAGUGCGACACCACCCGGGAAAACCUGCUGAAGGAAGAGAAGGCGCUGACAGCCCAGGUCAACUCUGGAAGGGGAGAUGGUACCGAAGGCUCCAGGCUGUCCGAAAUCUAUGCCCGACUGGAAGAAAUUGAGGCAGACAAGGCCCCAGCAAGAGCAUCUGUCAUUCUGGCUGGGCUGGGAUUCAGUGCAAAGAUGCAGCAGCAGACAACCAAAGAGUUCUCAGGAGGCUGGAGAAUGAGGCUGGCGUUAGCGCGUGCCCUCUUUGCCAGGCCUGACCUCUUACUGCUUGAUGAGCCGACCAACAUGCUGGACGUGAAGGCGAUCAUCUGGCUGGAGAACUAUCUGCAGACUUGGCAAUCUACCAUCCUGGUGGUGUCCCACGACCGAAACUUCCUGAACGCCGUGGCCACUGACGUCAUCCACCUGCACUCUCAGCGGCUCGACAGUUACCGCGGCGACUUUGAGAACUUCAUCAAGAUCAAGGAGGAGAGGCUGAAGAACCAACAGCGCGAGUAUGAGGCUCAGCUGCAGUACCGCGAGCACAUCCAGGUCUUCAUCGACCGUUUCCGCUAUAAUGCCAACCGGGCAUCUCAAGUCCAGAGCAAACUCAAGCUGCUGGAAAAACUUCCCAAGCUGAAGCCGGUGGACAAGGAAUCCGAGGUGAUCAUGAAGUUCCCUGAUGGCUUUGAGAAGUUUUCGCCUCCCAUCUUGCAGCUGGAUGAAGUGGACUUCUACUAUGAGCCCGGUCACUACAUCUUCCGCUGCCUCUCUGUCUCCGCCGACCUGGAGUCCCGCAUCUGCGUGGUAGGGGAGAAUGGAGCGGGAAAGUCCACAAUGUUGAAGAUCCUGAUGGGAGACCUGGCACCUGUCCAAGGCAUUAGGCAUGCCCACAGGAACCUCAAGAUUGGCUAUUUCAGCCAGCACCACGUCGAUCAGCUCGACCUGGACAUCAGCGCCACAGAGUUACUUGCCAAGAAGUUCCCAGGGAAGACAGAGGAGGAGUACCGUCACCAGCUGGGAUGCUACGGAGUGUCUGGAGAGCUCGCGGUUCGUCCCGUAGUCAGCCUUUCGGGAGGCCAGAAGAGCAGGGUGGCAUUUGCCCAGAUGACCAUGCCCUGCCCCAACUUCUACAUUCUGGACGAGCCGACAAACCACCUCGACAUGGAGACCAUCGAGGCCUUGGCCAAGGCGCUCAAUAAAUUCCGGGGUGGCCUGAUCCUCGUUUCCCAUGAUGAGCGCUUCAUCCGGCUGGUGUGCCAGGAGCUGUGGGUGUGCGGCAACGGCACUGUGCAGCGCAUCGACGGCGGCUUCGACGAGUACAGAAACAUCCUGCAGGAGCAGUUCCGGAAGGAGGGCUUUCUAUAAAGCAGCUGCGCGGACUGCGCACGCGUGAGCUGGCUGGGAGCAGAGCAGGCUGCGCGGCGGCCCUCGUCCGACCUGGUGCCGCAGCGGGGACUUUGCCUACAUCGCGUGAACAUCAGCUGUGCAAUCCCCGGCCGGGUGGACCCUUCCCUUGGAAACCAGCAUCUUCUGCCGGGAGGGGUGUUGCGCAGAGGGGAUUUGGAGGAGGAAAGCGAGUCUCCCUUUCCUGCUGCUGGAUCGGUGCCACGUCUCUGCUGGGCAGGGGCCAAAGGACCAGCAGAGAGAGGGUCGGGAAGGGUUCCGGUGCUGCUUGAGUGGAGGGGGUGCGUGGGACCUCUGCUGCCAGCAAUCCCUUUCCUUUCCGUGAGCCUGGUUGUAGAACGAAAUCUGCCGCUGCGUUCAAAGAAGUAAAGAGAAGGUUUCUGAGUAAAUGCAGCUCUGGGCUGCGCACUGGGACAGCUUCUCCAGGGGAUGAGGCAAAAGUCUAAACCCAGCUUUGAAACGGUUGGGGGGGGGAUCUCUUCUCUCCCCGGCCUGUUUUUCUGCAGUGAAGAGGUGCCAAUCCAGAUCCUCUUUAAGAGGAAGCAUUUCCUGUCUUCGAGGCUUUGCCUUAAAGCUGCCCUGGUUCCCCCCCCCCACCCUCCUGCUCAAAAGGUGACACUUUUCUAUUCAGAAAGGGGUCCCCCUCUUCCUCUUCACUUUCGACGGUGACCCCUAGAGGGGCAGGCAUGAUGUAUACACGGCGGUGGGGGUUGGCCCUGCUUGCCUGCCCGGAAGAUAGCAACCUCAGCCCUCUCUGUCGUUAGGGCCUCAGCCUAAGCUUCUAUAGAAGCUGACCUGCAUUACCCGCUCCGGUCUUCAAGGUCUAAACUCCACGCAGGACGACCGUUCUGCCCCAGCUGACGCACCCUGUCUCGGUGACGACGACAAAUAAAAAUGGUUUUACGUUGCAAGCAAAA